AUGGCCUGUUUCUUCAUCCCGCGACAAUGGCGACUUGUGCGCUAUGUCUGGUUUCUUAUCAUCUUCGAGUUCCCCUUCACCGUCGCCAAUCUUGCACUCUUCGGCAUCGCUUCGCCAAACCUGUAUCGAACCAUUCUAUGGAAUGAGGGUGGGAAACUGGGGUUCAACUCGGAUUCAUCGACAGUCGUUUAUGCGUAUGCGAAUUACCGGCCUGUGACGAUCCCAGUAGUAUGGAGUGGAUUCAACACGCAAUACCACCUCGUAAUCGGCGUAGUGUGCAUGUUCUUCUACCUCAUCAAAGUCACAAUGUGGCUCCUCCACGUCUUCCUCCCCAUCUUCUCCAUCCUCCUCCACAUCCCCCUCCUCGCCAUCUGGGCCUACGGAAUUCACAUCCAGACCUCGCCCGACACCAUCGAUCCUGCCCGCAGAAACAACGGCGCACCAUGGUACAUCACCAAAAACUGCAACAUUGUCGACGACAAGCAGAUCCAGAAGUAUUGCAUGCAAGCCAAGAGCUCGUUCGCCGUUAGUUGCAUCAUGCUCACAAUCUACACCCUCUUCCUCCUCAUCUCCCUCUACAGCCUGUACCCCACCGCAGACCAGCGCCUCGCGCACAGCGCGCGCCGCGCAGAGAAGAAAGCCGAAAAGGAAAUCUGGGCUUCCACGCCCGACGGCUCAAACGAAAUGACCGCAGAGGAGCAGUGGCAGCACAUGUGGGAGCUGCAGCAGCUGCCUCGCACCCCGGGCCCCGCAGAGGCCAUGGAUCUGAAGACCCCAAUGACCCCGCGCACCCGCGCCUUUGGCCAUCUCGAAGCUGCGGCGCCCCGCACCGCCGCAGAUACCCAUGCGAGCGCGUACGCGCGCCAGCAGCACCAGUUCAGUCCGCAUCCCAGCUGGGUCGCGCACGCGCAUGGACAGCCGACGUACACGCCGGGACUGGGCCAGGGGGCUGGGCAUAGUUGGUAUGGAGGGAAUGCAGCGGGAGAGCACGGGUUCGUUCAGGUCCAGCAGGUUAGUCCUGUGGCGGAGCAGGAGGAGUCGCAGUUUGCGCUGGAAGGCAAGGGGAAGCGGGCCCUGGGGUUUGCGCACUGA